GGGGCUUGUCCGUGGCGUGUGUGGAGGAGCUCUUCUCGGGAAGCUCUUAUGGAAAAUUCAGCUUUGUUCAUGGACAGUAAGAAUAUAGCUUGUGCGUCUUUCUCCUCUGGAGAAGCACGAGUGACAGAUAAGCCUGGUACGUCCUUCAGUAGAGAAGCAGAUAGCCCUGAAGACAUCAAAUUAACUGGUGAUGUCUCCGGAGCAACAGCCAGUAUUGACAUCAAACCAAAGUUCAUACAGCGAGCCAAAACAUGGUCGGAUGAAGUUGAAAAUCUGUACAGAUUUCAGCAAGCUGGCUAUAGGGAUGAAAUUGAAUAUAAACAUGUAAAGCAUGUUGAUGCGGUGGAAAGGUGGCCAGAAACUGGAUUUGUGAAGAAGCUUCAAAGAAGGGACAAUACUUUCUACUAUUAUGAUAAGGAAAGAGAAUGUGAAGACAAAGAAGUCCGUAACGUUAAAAUGUAUGCCUACUAAUUUAUGUUAUAUCCACUGUUUUUAGAAAUAAAUUUGUUUGAAUGUUUUUUGUCUUGAAUAGAA